AGACUUUGUGUCAUUCACCAUCAGCUUUGUACCGUACUGCGAUAUCGGAAUGUUGACAAUCCAGGCACGAAGUCGAACAAUCAAACGUGUUAUCCUUAUUUGCGGUUUUCGCAUUCACCGUAGCAUUCAGAUCCCUGCCAAAUUACGAACCGACCAGUUCGCCACCGCCAAUACCAUGUCGGGACUACUGUAUAGUGCCAACAUUUCCGAUGGAUUCCUCUUCAACGAAGCUGGCAGUCUGCUGGCACGGUAUCGUGCUGCACACGCGGCUGGUUUCCAGUAUGUGGAGUGCUCGCAAGUGGCCUACCAGUAUAAUCUGGACGACCUGGUCGCCGUGCUGGAGGAGACCAAUCUCAAGCAGGUCCUGCUGAAUUCCUUCGCGGGGCCCAAUGCGGGCGAUCUGGGCCAGGUGGUGCUGGAUGUGCCCGAUGAGGAGUUCGAGGCGGGGAUUCGUCGUUCCAUUCAGUAUGCUAAAGCGAUUGGCACUUCCAAUUUGCACAUCUUGGCCGGAAAGCUGCCGGCUGGGAAGAGCCGAAGUGAUGUGAUGCGUCAGUAUUUGCGGCGACUGCAGUGGGCUUGCAAAGAGUGCUUGCCACGCCAUGUGAAUGUGCUUAUCGAACCCAUUGGACCAUUCGUCAGCCCCGAUUAUUUUCUCAACAAUUACGGAACCGCUGUGGAUGUGAUUGGAGAACUGGACUGUCGCAAUUUAAAGAUUUUGCUGGAUGUCUUCCAUUUCAAGCAACUGCACCCGACGUACGACGUGAUCAAAUGGGCUCGUACUAACCGGAAACUGGUUGGUCACAUUCAGGUUGCUCAGUCGCCGGCGCGCAAUGAACCUCAUGCCAAAGGUGAUAUUGAUUAUGCUCGCAUUCUUCCUCAACUUGGUGAUCUUUUCCCCGAACUGUACAUUGGCCUGGAGUAUAAACCCAGUGUGCCCACGCAGCAGAGUCUCGCUGAUGGCAAAUCAGCGGGAAAUAUUUUUGACUACGCCACACCGUGAAUUUCUACCGGCGUCGUCUCGUGAUGAUGAGAAAAUCUUCUUGUCUGAAGUAGCCGCUGUGUAUACUUUGCCCGGCUGGUUAGAUAGUUGAUACGACCGCAAGUAUUACUUCGUUUCUGCGGUUUUUACUUUUGUUAGCCUUUUUAGCAUUUAGCUGUUCAAUUAUGGCUGUUGUGUUUGGUUUAUUGUACUUGAUUGUCUUUUUCUUUCUAACUUCAUGGGACAGAUUGUGGGUAUUGCGUUAUUUUUGCUGUUUGUGUUCCCUUUCUCUGAGCAGACAGUGAUAUGCAUUUAAGAAAAAAAAAUUGUGACACGAUUGGUUAUUAAAAGAAA